UGGGCGUUGAGCUGCGAGCCCUUGGCAUGCAGGGCUUUGUUAUCCCCCCGCCUCGGCCGUCGGGGCGCAGGGCCGGAUUAUAACUCGGCUGCGGGGCGCCAGCUCCCCCCACCCCCGGGGAUCGGGCCCCUGACGGGGCGGCCUCAGCCGGGGCUGCAGGGAUCGGAGCCUUGCCGGACCCCCAGAGUUACCCAAGUGCCUGGCCAGCCCCAGCCGUGCACAGCUGCCCCACGGACCCUGGAAACUAAGGUCCUGCCGAUGGGCGAGCGAGCGAUGGUCCAGUCGUAAGGCCCAGCCGGUUCCGCUCUGCUCUCCGGCUGGGAAGGCCACGAGGAUGCCCCCCUCCUGCCCUGCUGCGGCCGCUGUGCUCCUCCUGCUGGGCCGAUGCCUGCUGCCGUCCGCACUCUCCUUCCCCAAGGACCUCGCUCCCCUCAGCACCGUGGGCCUGCCGACGACGUCCCCGUACCCCUGCUUCCGAGGCCUCGCCGGCGACAAUGACACGGCCCAGCUCGGCCUGGACUUCCAGAGGAUGCUGCGGCUCAACCAGACGCUCUUCAUCGCCGCGCGGGACCACGUUUAUGCCUUUGACCUCAGGCAGGCCCCAGAGGAGUUCUAUCCCGACAGGCAUCUCACCUGGAAGACCCAGGACAUGAAGAACUGCGCCAUGCGUGGGAAGCUGCAGGACGAAUGCUAUAACUACAUCAAGGUGCUGGUGCCCAAAAAUGAUCGGACCCUCUUCGCCUGUGGGACGAACUCCUUCAAUCCCAUGUGCCGGACCUACCAGAUCAGCAGCCUGGAGCAGGAAGGGGAGGAGCUGAACGGCCAGGCCCGCUGCCCUUUCGAUGCCAAGCAGACCAACGUUGCCCUCUUUGCAGACGGGAACCUGUACUCAGCCACCGUGGCAGACUUCCAGGCCAGUGACGCGGUGAUUUACCGCAGCCUGGGCGAGAGGAGCCCCGUGCUCCGCACCAUCAAGUACGACUCCAAGUGGCUGCGAGAACCCCACUUCCUCCACGCCCUGGAGUACGGGAACUACGUCUACUUCUUCUUCCGGGAGAUCUCCAUGGAAUACACCACCCUGGGCAGGGUGAUCUUCUCGCGUGUGGGCCGGGUGUGUAAGAACGACAUGGGGGGGUCUCCCCGCGUGCUGGAGAAGUACUGGACCUCCUUCCUCAAGGCCCGGCUCAACUGCUCCGUGCCCGGAGACGCCUUCUUCUACUUCGAUGUGCUGCAGGCGGUCACCGAUGUCUUCCAGGUCAACGGGCGCCCCGCCGUCUUUGGGGUGUUCACCACCCAAUCCAACAGCAUCACCGGCUCGGCCGUCUGCGCCUUCUACCUGGACGACAUCGAGCGAGCGUUCGCCGGCAAGUUCAAGGAGCAGAAGAACGCGGAUUCCGCCUGGACCCCAGUCCCGGAGGAGAAGGUGCCUAAACCCAGGCCCGGCAGCUGUGCCAGCGUUGGCCAAGCAGCCGGGUACAGAACCUCCAAUGAGUUCCCUGACGAGACGCUGGCCUUCAUCAAGUCCUACCCGCUGCUGGACGAGGCCGUGCCCGCCGCCACGGGAAGGCCCUGGUUCACCAAGACCACCAGCAGGUACAAGCUGACCCAGCUGGCAGUCGACACGGCCGCCGGCCCCCACAGGAACUACACAGUGCUGUUCCUUGGCUCGGAGGACGGGAAGGUGCUGAAGGUUCUUACCGGGACUAAGGAGAACUCCAGCGUGGAGACCCUGCUCCUGGAGGAGAUCAGCGUCUACAGCCCGGCCCAGUGA